AUGAGUUCAAGUAGUCAAACACCGAAGAUGACAACCACAACGACCUUAACAGCGCAAGUAGAUCGAACCAUAGUUGACUUGACCAUCCCAGAGAAAGAUAAACCAGAGCUUCCGCGAGAGAAGUUACCCAAGGAUCGGUCACCAGUAGAUAUAGAUGCUGAAAAGGCUGCCAGUGAUAGGGAGUACUUAGAGCAGAUUAUGGGCUGUGGUGAUGUUAGACGCAAGGUAAUGCGUUUGGAGAGCAGCGGCAGUACAGAAUCAUUGGAUUCGAGUGUCAAGCAAACGGCUGUGAUACCCAAGUAUAUUGGCGACAAUGUGCCGGUGGUGCGAGAGGUGGUGCAGAGCAUCGAGGAUAAGAUCUGCAGUACAAUGGUAUCGGCCAUUCCUUUCGCCGUGCAGAAGCGGCAGCCUCACGAAGAUGACAAGGAACCCAAUGUAGUGGAACUGGAGAAGCAAAUAUUAACGCCAGCGGACUUGGCUCUGGAUAAGUUAAUCAAGUGCGAACUGCCGACAGAGGUAGUCAAAAUUUCGCCCAUCGAGUCCAUGGAACAUGUGAGCCUUGGCUUAAAAGAGAUUGAGGAGGAAGUUUGCGAGAAAGUUUGUGAGAAGCGUAAGGCCUUUGAGGUGGCUGAAGACUUAUGUGAAACGGAAAAGACUUUAAAGGAACAGGUAAUAGGAUUAGGCAGGCAAGUAGAAUUGGUACCUGGCAAGAUUUUAACUGAAACUAUUGAAGAGCAUAAAGACUUAGGGGAUAAGGAAGCCAUUGACUCAUUGCCAAGGGUGAGGGAAGUAGUGCAGGAUAUUGAACGCAGAUAUCCAGUCUCGAGCCUGGAGGCCAAGCCGUUUAGUCCACGAACCAAGUCAGCUCAGGACCGUAAGGUGGAUGUUUCCAUUAUAGAGCAGCAAAUUUUAAGCGAUGCCGAUCUGAUUUUAGAUGGGUUAGGCUCAAAGAGCGUUCCGGAGCAGAAAGUGCACUCACCCCUUUCGGCUAUGGCCAAGGCGAGCGACAGUAUUGAAAACCUCGAAGACGUCUGUGAAAAGAAGUGCUCUAAGCGCAUAAUUUCAGAUAUGGCACAGGCCAACGAAGAUCAAGAAAACACGGAAAGUGUACUAGAAAUUGACGACGUCAAGUCGAUCACAGCCAAGUUCCUUGACCAUGAGUCUACCAAAGUCCACGAAAAGUUGACACGUACAGCCAAUUGGGUGAAGAAGAACAGCUUCAAACAAAGAUUGGCCUACGGUCAGACCAAACCUACUAACCUAGAAUCUCCCACUAGUUUAAUAAAACCUUUACCAAAAGACUACUCAACCGAUGAAAGCGACAAAGAGUUUCCAAUUUCCAAGCCUCAAGACAAGACUAUUGGUCAGCCCGCUCCAUCCGCAACUCCCUUCACCGGCGUUGCUCCAUCUAGCGCCGUUGAUAAAAAGUCUCCUCUAAAGGAAACAGACAAACCGAUGCCCAUUGACGUUAAGGAUGACAAAGCCCCUACUAAACUAGACGAUAAACCAAAGUAUCCUCUUGAUUCAGUGAAACCUAUUCAACAAGAAUACUCGGACGAUGAAAGCGAUGAAGAGUUUGGAAUUCCGAAGCCCCAAGACAAGACUGUUGGUCAGCCAACUCCAUCCACAGCUCCCUUUAGCGCCGUUAGUGAAAAAUCUCCUUUAAAAGAAGCAGACAAACCGAUGCCCAUUGACGUUAAGGAUGACAAAGCCCCUACUAAACUGGACGACAAACCAAAGUCUCCUCUUGAUUCAGUAAAACCUAUUCAACAAGAAUACUCGGACGAUGAAAGCGAUGAAGAGUUUGGAAUUCCUAAGCCCCAAGACAAGGCUAUUGGUCAGCCAACUCCUUCAGCAGCUCCCUUUAGCGGCAAGAAAGCUCAACAACACUUCUUUCUGAGAACACUAUUUUCAAAUCAUAAACUGGACGACAAACCAAAGUCUCCUCUUGAUUCAGUGAAACCUAUUGAACAAGAAUACUCGGACGAUGAAAGCGAUGAAGAGUUUGGAAUUCCGAAGCCCCAAGACAAGACUGUGGCUCAGCCAACUCCAUCCACAGCUCCCUUUAGCGCCGUUAUAGAAAAAUCUCCUUUAAAAGAAGCAGACAAACCGAUGCCCAUUGACGUUAAGGAUGACAAAGCCCCUACUAAACUGGACGACAAACCAAAGUCUUCUCUUGAUUCAAUAAAACCUAUUCAACAAGAAUACUCGGACGAUGAAAGCGAUGAAGAGUUUGGAAUUCCGAAGCCCCAAGACAAGACUGUUGGUCAGCCAACCAUCCACAGCUCCUUUAGCGCCGUUAGUGAAAAAUCUCCUUUAAAAGAAGCAGACAAACCGAUGCCCAUUGACGUUAAGGAUGACAAAGCCCCUACUAAACUGGACGACAAACCAAAGUCUUCUCUUGAUUCAAUAAAACCUAUUCAACAAGAAUACUCGGACGAUGAAAGCGAUGAAGAGUUUGGAAUUCCGAAGCCCCAAGACAAGACUGUGACUCAGCCAACUCCAUCCAUAGCUCCCUUUAGCGCCGUUAGUGAAAAAUCUUCUCUAAAAGAAGCAGACAAACCUAUGCCCAUUGACGUUAAGGAUGACAAAGCCCCUACUAAACUGGACGACAAACCAAAGUCUUCUCUUGAUUCAAUAAAACCUAUUCAACAAGAAUACUCGGACGAUGAAAGCGAUGAAGAGUUUGGAAUUCCCAAGCCCCAAGACAAGACUGUGGCUCAGCCAACUCCAUCCACAGCUCCUUAG